GACACAGAACACCCGGGUUGUACUAACUGAGUGCUUGAAAUCCAUCAAAGAAUACGCCUUUAUUGCAUCUCGUUAUCCUGUUAUCAUUACGCUUGAAGACAACCUACAAUCGUCUAACCUCCAGAAAAAAGCUGCCAAGGUUUUCCUUGAUGUACUUGGCGACGUACUGUACUGGCCUCAUGCCGAUUACAUUGACGUACGUGGCAACGCUUACAGUAAUAAUAAACCCCUCAAAGAUUUCCCUUCGCCUGACGAGCUCAUGGGUGCUGUACUCCUCUCGACAAAGCCCCCAAGCCAUCUAGAGGUUGAUGUGUCAGAGGACGAUGACGAUCAGCUUCAUGUUCACAAAGGAGCUGACGACAAGGAUGCAGCAUGGGGGCCAGAAGUACCGUUUUUUCAGACUGAAAAAAUCCAGUCUGAUCAUCAGAAGGUUCACACAGAGAAACUUACUGUGGAUAUACCCAAGUGUCUCCAUCAAGGGCUACCCAAGGGCCACUCGCGUUACUUCAUCCAACUACAAUCCAUUUCUCGGCUGGGUGCAUGGUGCUCAAAUGGUGGCCCUGGAUAUGCAGGAAUAUGGAAGAGCCCUUUGGCUAAUGCAUGGAUUUUACAGAGCCAAUGGUGGCUGUGGCUACGUGAGAAACCAGACUUCCUAAUAAUGCAAACAGAGCCAGAAGUUUUUGAUCCAAGGAAACACCUACCUGUGAAGAAGACCUUGAAGGUCAAAGUAUACAUGGGCGAUGGUUGGCUGACGGACUUUAAGCACGCACACACGUCGUUCAUUCCAGAUUUGUGGACGUCGGUUGGGAUAGCCGGAGUUCCAGCAGACACUACGGCGAUGAAGAACACCAAGGCCACGGAGAAUACUUGGGUUCCGGUGUGGGAGGAUGAGUUCAGCUUCGACCUGACGGUCCCCGAGAUCGCUUUGCUCGGGUGGAGGUGCACCAGUAUGACGUGUCCGAGAAAGACGUCUUCGGCGGGCAGACCGUGCUGCCGGUGUCGGAGCUGCGGCCGGGCAUCCGGCGGUGGCGCUCUUCGACCGCCAGGGGAACAGGUUCGACAACGUCAGGCUCCUCAUGGGCUUUGA